AUGGCGGAUUCAGAACCGACCGUGCUUCGCAAGGAUCAAUUGGAGAUCAGCUUACAUAAUGAGAAGAAACUGAUCAAGGAGGGGACCAUCAAGGAUGACAAUCCUCUGGAUCUCAGUGAGCCGUUUCGGGAACUCUGCAAUGCUUGUCGUAAGGGGGAUCUGAAAGUUUGCCAGGAAAAGAUCACGGAAGGUGUCAACAUCAAUGCUCGCGAUCCCUAUGACUACACCCCCUUGAUUCUGGCAAGUCUGUGUGGCCAUUAUGAAGUUGUCCAGCUGCUUCUCGAAUCGGGCGCAUUGUGCGAGCGAGACACGUUCCAAGGAGAAAGAUGUCUAUAUAACGCAUUGAAUGAUCGCAUCCGGAACCUGCUACUUGAAUAUGACUACUCGAAAUCCACCGACCCUCUUCAGCCAUUGGCCGCCCAUAUUUCAUCGCUGCUCACGCGCGAUAGCCCCGGGACCUCGGACAUCGUGGUCACGGCGGCCGACGAGGAUGUAUAUUUGCAUAAGUUCAUAUUGGCAGCACGCUCGCCUUAUUUCCGCAACAAACUGGAAAGUGCCCCCGAAACCGUAACCUGGGAACUUCCAAGCGCAAUCCCGCCCCAAGCCUUUGGGGCAGCGAUCAGGUAUCUAUACUUUGGAGAGGCCCCGCGUGAUCUGAGGACGGGUCCUGGCACCGGAUUUACGGAGUCGGAGGUUUUUGUGGGAAUUGGUAAAAUUGCCAAAUGCCUGGAAUUCAAUAGCCUUCUGGACAGCAUUUUGGAUAGCGGAGACCGCAGGCGGGCUAGACAGAGACGAACCUUGGAAGUUGCCAAAGGCAGAGACCAAUUGGAAGAAUGGUUCCGAACGAAUGUUCUUCAGAACAAGGUGGAAGUUGAGACUUCCAAGGUUGAUGAGGUCAAAUGGAACCAUGAUAACGCCAUCUUUGCAGAUGUUCUGCUGCAGGCGGAUGAACUGCCUGAAGAUGAGGAUGAAGACAGUGAUGAUGUCUUGCCCAACGAUGAAGGAACUAAUUCAAGUACCAUCCCCGUUGGGCCGGUCGACUCUUCUAAGAAAUCAGUCCAGAAGUCGGUCAUAUUCCCGUGUCAUCGAGCGAUGCUUCUGCGGUCUGAGUUUUUCCUUACCAUGUUUUCGUCGUCGUUCCGCGAGACCCAUCUGAAAGAGAACCUGAACAUUAUCUCCGUGGACUGCUCUCCGGAAGUUUUGGAAAUCGUGCUUACUUUCCUUUACACCGAAAGGGCUGAUUUCCCACUUGACAUUGCUGUCGAUGUCUUGUUUGCUGCUGACAUGCUGUUUAUUGAGAAACUCAAGACCAAGGCUGCCGUGGUGAUUAGUACACUUGGCAGCGGCGACAUGUCGCAGGCAGAAGCCGCAAAGACUCGCGGCACCGAGGAGGAAGACGACUUGGAUAUCUAUGCCAUCAUCCGUGCUGCAUGGUUGACCCGGGUGCAGCGACUGGAAGAAUUCGCUGCUCGGUACCUCGCAUACAGGCUAGAGGGUCACAUUGACUCUCCGGAGUUCGCGGAUUUGAUCCAAGAAUCCGCUGCUCGUAUUAAGGGAAGACAGGAAACCGACUCCAUCGAACUGCUCGAUGAUAUCCGUUUCUAUCUAGGGGAGCGCUUCCGCCUCCGGUUCGAUGAUGCCGGUCUGGAAGAGAUGAUGGAGGAAGAGACCCGGCAGCAGUUGCACGCUGCCGACGAGAAUGUUGACAAAGUCACCAACGGAGUCGAAGCUCUUGAGCUGUCCAAGGAACAUGCCAGCAAUGGUGUGGAAUCCUCGGACGCUGCGCCCGAACAACUCACCCCGGCCAAACCGGACCAUGCACCUGUCAUCAGGACCUUGGACGGCGAGGUGGCAGGUGACGAGUUCACCAAGGACGCGAUCAACUACGAAAUCCUGAUGGCGAAGCUCGACAAGAUCCUAGAGGACCUGGACCUGGACGCUUAGAUGGGGGGUAUACUAUUAUCCCGACCACAUGCGCUUUUCGGAAUGCGGGCCCUCCGGCCAAGUUGACGAUUGACGAUUCACGCAGAGGUAUAUACACAAAAUCCUGCAUAUACAGCAUAUAACAUAGAAUGGUAGAUGCUCUGCUUUAUCC